UUCCCGAGGCGACACCCAAAAGCAAAAAUCUUUGAUCUGUAUUCAAACUUCGAACAUACAAAGGUAGAGAGAGGAGAAAAUUACAACAGUUAUGUCUCUGUCUACCGCCAAAAUAGUUUUGACGACUCCCAAGAAGUCAACACCCGCGACGCCACCCGUUACCGACAGUCCAGGCACGUGGCGACAUCCACGCUUAGAAGAGAUUACUCGACGUCAGGAUGCUACCACAUUCACCGACAAGAACGUGACACGCAUUGCAAUCAAUGUAGCUGUUUUUAUAAUAUGUAUUCUCCUACAUACCUUCUUAGCGCGAGUGUUACCGGGCAGAAAAUCAUGGCCCUACUUAGUCUGGUACUACUCUAGAUACGUGUACUGGGCCAUUCUUGCCAUCCCUUUCUUCAACAUAGGCGCCAAUCUCCUGCCUCUCCUCAGAUCCAAGGAUGAUCUUUCCGAUAUCCCUCUGACUCCCGGCCAACGGCGACUACUUGGCUUACCGCCUACCUCCGCGCCGCCCACGCCUGGCUCCGUGUAUAGCACACCGCCACGAUACUCCCGAACCCCCUCGAUCUCCGGUUCUGCGGGUAGCAAGCGCAGCUUCUCAGGUUCACCAGCGUCGAAUCACGCGAGCCCCACCACUGGAAGCGGAGGCGAGAAGAACUUCAGUAUUAUAGGGUCGCCGAACAGCCCUUUGCUGCAGAAAGCCAUGAAUGGCGCGCGCCGCUCCUCGUUUGGAUCUUCUGGCAGCAUCUUCGGCAAUAGUACGUUCGGCGCUAGCACGUUCGGUGCCAGCACUGCCUCAUCGAUCUACGGAGGAGUUCCGGACAGUCCAAGCCCGAUGACGGGAAAGAGGAGCACGGUUGGUCUGAACAACAAGUGGCUUUACGAGAGGGGACGGGAUCGCAGAUCCUCGGGCAAUGCUUGGCUACACACAUGAGACGGGCCAGAGCAGUGUAUGAUAAAGAGGCUAGCCGUGCUACGUUUACCAACUGCUGCCUACAUGGAAUUUAGUAUAGAGAUCAAUACGAACCAGAGGAACCAAAAAAAUAUUGCAUCAUUAAACACUUCACAACGAACUU